AUCAUGAUCGCGGCGCUGGUGAUCGCGCUCCCGCUGCUGCUGCGCACCCCCGCGGCCGCGCACUACGAGAUGAUGGGCACCUGCCGGAUGAUCUGCGACCCCUACAACCCCAAACCGAGCGCCACGGCUCUGGAGGUGAUGCAGGACCUGAGCGCCAUCCCGCCAGCUUUCGCUCAGGGCACCAGAGGAGAACCGGGCCGUCCGGGCAAACCGGGACCCAGGGGUCCUCCUGGCGAGCCUGGUCCUCCUGGACCAAGGGGGCCGCCCGGAGACUCCGGCAGACCGGGAUUUACCGGCGUCGCAUCGGGAACGGCGCGGACUGAGACCGGAGAUGUCGGUCCUGCUUUGGGAAACGCGAAGAUCGCCUUUUACGUGGGUCUGAAAAACCCCCAUGAAGGGUACGAGGUGCUCCGUUUUGACGAUGUUGUGACAAAUGUAGGAAAUCACUAUGAUCCCACUACCGGCAAGUUUACCUGCCAGGUGUCCGGGAUUUACUACUUCACCUACCAUGUGCUGAUGCGCGGAGGGGACGGAACCAGCAUGUGGGCAGACCUCUGCAAAAACGGACAGGUUCGUGCGAGCGCCAUCGCGCAGGACGCCGAUCAGAACUACGAUUACGCCAGCAACAGUGUGGUUCUGCAUCUGGACUCUGGAGACGAGAUUUAUGUCAAACUGGAUGGCGGAAAAGCACACGGAGGAAACAACAACAAAUACAGUACAUUUUCUGGCUUCAUCCUGUAUCCAGACUGAGCACACACAC